CACGAUGGGUCACGAUGGAGUAACUAAAUUGUUCCUAUUAUUUGUGUUUCUACUUGGAGAAGCAGCAUAUUAUAGUGGUUAAGGCACUGGACUGGGUGCAGGUGAACCCGGGUUCUGCUGCUGCUUAGGCAGGGAAACCAGCUGGGUGACUUUGAGCCACUCGCCCUCUGCCCUCUUCCGUUUAGCCUGAGAAAAGUCCUCCUCAGGUGAACCUUGAAAGCCAUGCCAGGUCAGUGCAACGGCAAGCAGACCCCCAAUCACACAGCUCAGAAAAACAGCCACAUCAUCUUCUCCACUUGACCUGAAGUUACAUGCAAAGUUGGAUGUUUCAAGGCAUUUGGAGGCAAAAGGCGGUUGAUGCCAACAGGUACAGCAGUCCUCAAUUUACAACAGUUCAUUUAGUGACCAUUCAAAGUUACAAUGUCACUGAAAAAAGUGACCAUUUUUCACACGACCGCUGCAGUAGGUCGUGAUCAGAAUUCAGAUGCUUGGUCACUGGCAUGUAUUUAUGAUGGUUGCUGUGUCCCGGGAUCAUGUGAUCCCCUUUUGUGACCUUCUGACAAGCAAAAUCAAUGGGAAAGCCAGAUUCACUUAACGACCAUGUUACUAACUUAACAACUGCAGUGAUUCACUUAACUCUGGCAAGAAAAGGCAUUAAAUGGGGCAAAAUUCAUUUAACAACUAUCUCACUUAGCAACAGAAAUGUUGGGUCCAGUUAUGGUCGUACGUCAAGAACUACCUGUACUUUUCACUCAGCUGCUGCCUCCUGCCAUGGGCUUCCACCCACUGAAGGGCUGCAGUGGCUGAACAGGCACCCGGGGGCGGGGAAUGUUGGAGUUUUGCAGACCUUUCAAUUGACAAAACUGAGGAAUCUCAGUUUUAACUCACUUUAACAGCAGGCUAAGCUUGGUUAGCAUUAACCUAGUUGAAAUUUUUUAGUGUAUCACGUGACCCCAGAAAACCAGGUGAGUAUAGCAGCCAGAUUAGCUGUGCUACUAAAAACAUAAUUUAAACUGAUGGCUCGAGAGGAAUUCACUUUAAGGAGAGCAGAGACCCCCAAAUGCUUCAGUAAAGCCACAAUUUCUAUUGCUGAUUUCCCAUUUCUUGUGGGAAGGGGAUUGAGCCAUGCACGUGGCUCAAUGUCUCUGGCAGCAGAAGGGCCCACAUUGGCUACUGCUGCCACAUCCAUUGGGCUCCAUCCCACCCUGGAUAAGGAGGGAUGUCAAGCCCCCAAACCCCUCACACCAUGAGAGCAGCCACAGCCUACCUAAGGGCUGCCCACCCGGUGGCUCGGGCAAAGGCCUGGCCUGGUUGGCUAUGGGGCCGCUUGUUCCGUCAGCCAAUCAGAUGCCUGAGGUUUCCGUUGGUUCCACCCACUUGUGGCUGGUCCUCGCAAUGGUGUUGGAGCUGUACCUGGACCUGCUUUCCCAGCCUUGCAGGGCAGUCUACAUCUUUGCCAAAAAGAACAACAUCCCUUUCAUGAUGAAGCCUGUUGAGAUGCUGAAAGGGCAACACUUCACUGAGGAAUUUAACAAGGUGAACAUCCUAAGAAAAGUGCCUGUCCUGAAGGAUGGAGAUUUCAUCCUAGAAGAGAGCACAGCCAUCCUUCUCUACCUGACCCGGAAAUACAACACUCCCAGCUACUGGUACCCACCCGAUAUGAAAAAGCGAGCCCGUGUGGACGAGUACCUGGCCUGGCAGAUCAGCACCAUUCGGGCGGGCACAUCCAAAAUCCUCUGGCUCAAGGUGGUGAUCCCGCUCUUUGUGGGCCAUCAAGUGUCCCCAGAGAAGCUCUAUGAAGCAAUGGAGGAAUUGAACCUCGCCAUCCAGAAGCUGGAGGACAAGUUCCUGCAGGAUAAGCCGUUCCUCAUUGGCCCAGAGAUCUCCCUGGCCGACCUGGUGGCCAUCGUGGAGCUGAUGCAAGUAAGCCCCCCCCGCCCCAACAGCCAACCUCCGAAACUCGGGGUCUUCCAAAGCAGACCCCUGCCAACUGCUGUGCCUCCUCUAGCCCUUGGGAGCCGGCUGCGACAUCCUCGAGGGUCGCCCCAAACUCCAGGAGUGGCGCAAAAGGGUGGAGCUGACAUUAGGGAAGGACCUCUUCAUGGAAGCCCACAACCGGAUCCUGAACCCCCAGGAACUGAAGAGCAUCAUCAUUGACCCACCCUUGAAAGCACAGAUGAAGCCCCUGCUCUUGAAGAUGCUGAAAUAAAUAUGGAAAUAUAUCAAUAGGGCUUUCCCUCUCCUUGCAUCCUCCUCCCCACCCUGUAGCCCUAGUUUCAGGUUUGGCUUCCAAUGAUCCUUGCUCCAAGCCCCUUUCCUUAUUGCCUGGCUCACUUCAGCCAGGGAAGGCACUGGAAUAAUUCCAGUUGGCAUAAGCAUAUUGCCAUCUUCGAGGCGGGCUACUGAGCAACUCCCCUCCCCCCCGCUACCCUGUGCAAGUCCAGAUUCUGAAUGAAGGCUGCAACACAGGUUCAGAAGGAAACAAGUACUUUUUCCAACAAUGGAUAAAUGUUAGAACUGCAGAUUAUUCAUCUUCAAUUGUCCUUGUUCACAAUUCUUUAGGAAGUGUAUAUUGUAAAAGCAUAAUAAAGAAUAAAAUCCAGUGAUAAGAUA